UGCUCCUCUCCGGGGGGAGGGAUUGUUUAUGGAACCUCCGCCGGGAGCCACGCGCCGGGCGUACGAAGCUGCCAAGCGAAUUCCCCAUUGGGUGGGAGGAGGCUCGGGAGCAGCGAGGGGGGGCUGUUGUGUGUGUGGCGCGCGGCGCGUCGCGUGCUGUUCCCGGGGGCUCGCGAGCGGCGGCAGCAGCAGCGCGUGUUGAUAAGGGGCAGCGCUGGGAGGAACCUGCUGCAGAGGCGCAUUGACAGCGCGCAAGGGAGCAGGGCUGGAAAGAAGGGGAGGGGGUGGGUUACUGAAGCAGCAGCAGCCGGGGUUGUGGCUGAGCGGAGCAGCGCCAGGCUCCACGCGCUGGGCACGCUCCCACUGUUUGCAAUUAAGGAGGAGGGGAAAAUAUUUGGCAGGGGGUUUUUUCUCCCCCCCCAAAAAAAAACUAUUUUUGCAAGUUUUUUUUCCCUUGCAAACUUUCCCCCACUUGCAGCCCUGCCCCGGUCACCUGCCCCCCGGAGGCUGAGGUAGGGUAAAUGCCCCAAGAUGAACGGUGGGCCAAUAGCAGCUGCCAUGCAACAGCCACCCCCGCCUUGCCCAAGUUUUCCCUUGCACGGGUGCGGCGCCGGUUCCUUGGGGAUGAAGUUCCAGCCGAUGCCAGGUGCCGUCUCCUCGUCGGUGCAGCAGCAGCUGGUGGCCGCUAAGGGCCCGGCUCAGAACCCCAGCUCGUCCGCGGCGCGCUGCAAAGGCUCCAAGCGGCGCUCCGGCUCGCCCGAGCUGCUGCGGUGCAAGAGGCGCCUGGCUUUCCCCGGGCUGGCCGGGCAGCCGCAGACGGCGGGGGGAGCAGCGGCCGUGGCCCGGCGCAACGAGCGUGAGAGGAACCGGGUGAAGCUGGUGAACCUGGGCUUCCAGACCCUGCGCCAGCACGUGCCCAACGGCGCCGCCAGCAAGAAGAUGAGCAAGGUGGAGACGCUGCGCUCGGCCGUGGAGUACAUCCGAGCCCUGCAGCAGCUGCUGGACGAGCACGACGCCGUCAGCGCCGCCUUCCACGACGGCCUCCUGCCUCCCGCGCGGGCCGCCCCCGGCGGCGGCUGCUCCUACUCCUCCGCGUCGCCCUCCUUCGCCUCCUCUUCCUCCUCCGGCGGCCGGGAGGGCAGCUCCGUGCCGGGGUCCCCGCACUCGGCUUAUUCCUCGGAUGAGAGCGGCUACGAGGGGGCGCUGAGUCCCGAGGAGCGGGACCUGCUGGACUUCACUAGCUGGAUCGGGAGCUACUGACCUCCGCCGCGUCCCCUAGCCUCAGCAGCCUUGAAAGCAGAGAUGUGCAGGACCUCAGUACCUCAUUGUCCUUGAUGCCUAUUAUGAUGCAGCAGAAGAGCAAAACGGACUCUUCUUACUACAACAUGUUUUCUACCUUCAAAGAGCCCUGUUGCCAAGGUCUUUAAGGGAGUGGGCUUUGGAACCUACCUAGCAGGGUUCUUACUUGGAACAAAAGACUGUGGCUCUUAAUUUUUUUUUUAAAGUGCAAUUAUGUAAAUAGGUUAUAGGGACCAAUAUCUUUAACUGCUGUUGUACAGGAGUUUAUGGUGCCCUCCAAGGCUUUAAUUGCCAAUGAAAUGGUUUGGUAUGCUCAUGUUUCAAGUGAUAGAUUGAAAUCUACCAGGCUUCCGACUUUUAACACACAUGUACUUUUUUUAUUUGGGAGGGGUGAAAAAUUAACACUUGAUGCUUCCUUUUUCUGAAGUGGGAGGGAAUUUUUGUAAUGUCAAAGAUUCUAUUUUAUAUGUAACUUGAACUGCCUAUGGGAACGCUAUAAAUAUGAAGACUUAUUUUUGUACAAGAAACUUUAGAAAAGGGGAAAGGGAGGAGGAGUUGUUCUAGUAAAUCCAAUCUCCUUGUUCCUUAACACUGCCAGCUAGAAUGUUUUGAGAACUUAUACAAUUUAGAUAAUAUUUUUCCAACACUUUACUAAGGACUGUAAAAAUUAUGUUUUGUCUUAAAUGUGGUGUCCAAGUCUUGUCUGGUGUGAAGGUUCACUUAUUUGAAAACUGAAGUUUAAUGUUUUGAAGGCAUUUUGUAUGCACUUGCAAGGGAUUCUUAAGUUGUACAUAUGCAGUUUUUGAAGAGUAUUUUAUGUAAAUUGACUUUAUAAAUAAAAUC